UGUGCUCGGCACCGGCCUCCGGGACGCGUCUCACUCUCCGUCCGGGAUGGAGACAGACGCCUCAGCGCCGGACCCAUCCCGGCAGUGCAACGGGUUCUCGGGCGCGCUGUACGGAGAGUUCACCGACACUCUCCACGAAGGGGUGCGCUACUCGGUGAGCCUGACGGAGAGCGCCCUGACCGUCCAGAGGAUCUCCUCGUCUCCCGACCGGACGAAGGCGGUGUUCAACUUGAGCGACUGCAUCGGCUCUCGGGCGUAUAAAGGGCCAGACGGCGCGGACGUCGGCGCGUACUUCGCGGCUUAUUUCUACCCGUUCAAGAGACGCUGGAUGAGCACCGGAGUGGCCCGGCAGAGGGUGGAGCAGUGCUUUCGGGUCGCCCUAGUGCAGGACCCGCUCGUCAACCUCCGGGAGGCUGAAAGAUGGGCUCAUGCCAUCAGAGAUGCCUCGGUGCUGCAGGCUCCUCGGAGAGACGGUGUGAUGUACACGGAGCUGAAAAGGCCUUGCAGAACCAUGAUCCUGGUGAACCCCCACAGCGGACGGGGACAGGCCCUCCAGCUGUUCACUGGCCACAUACAGGCCAUGCUCACCGAGGCCUCCGUUCCCUACGAACUCGUCAAAACAGAGCACCAGAACCACGCGCGGGAGCUGGUGAGGAACGCCGACCUGACGCAGUGGGACGCGCUGGUUAUCAUGUCUGGUGACGGCCUGCUGUUUGAGGUGAUAAAUGGGCUGAUGGAGCGGGAUGACUGGCAACAGGCCAUCCAGACUCCUCUGGGGAUGCUACCAGGUGGCUCUGGCAAUGCCCUGGCCGCAUCCAUCCACCACUACUCGCAAUCGCCUCCUGCCUGGAACGAGGAGCUGCUCCUGAGCUGCGGCUUCAUGCUGUGCAAAGGUCUGGUUGGUUCUCUUGACUUGGUGUCGGUCCAUUUGGCCUCCAGUCAGCGCCUCUUCUCCUUCCUCUCCUUGGCUUGGGGCUUUGUGGCAGAUGUGGAUAUCGAGAGCGAGAAGUAUCGUCACGUUGGAGCUAUCCGCUUCCUAAUGGGCACCCUGGUGCGUCUGGCCUCACUCAGAGUAUAUCAGGGCAGGUUAGCAUACCUGCCAGCUAAAGAGGUACCAAAAGCUCCAAACGAAAGGGUGAGGGCGACCCGUCCUCCGUUCACACCUCAGCAGCCGUCUCUCUGUUCAUCCCUUCCUUGUCAUCUCGUCCCCAAAGCUUCGCCAAAGCAGAGCUCUCUGAAAAACUGCGUUGACACGAACCUGAACCAAAACUCCAUCACCAACUCCUCCAACGUCAUUACCAACAUGAGGCCCGAGACGCGUGGCAACAAUAAGACUCUGUCACCUAUGGAUUCUCUCCUCCCCAGCCUGGACCAGCCGGUCCCUGAAAACUGGACGGUGGUCAAUGAGGAAGACUUUGUUCUUGUGCUGGCUAUUUACCAGUCCCACCUAGCGGAGGAUCUGUGGACAGUGCCGGGAGCGAUGGCGGAUGACGGGCUGAUUCAUCUGUUUUACGUGACAGCGGGAAUAUCCCGGCCCGCCCUCUUGCGUCUCUUCCUCGCCAUGGAGAGGGGUUCCCAUUUAGCCUGCGGUUGCCCCCACCUUGUGUACGAAAAGGUGAGGGCCCUGCGGUUAGAGCCCAUCUCACAACAGGGCAUGAUCACCGUGGACGGAGAGGUGGUGGAAUACGGCCCCAUCCAGGCUCAGGUGCACCCCAGAAUGGCGAGGCUGAUAUGCGGAUGAACUCGUGCUUUACUUUAUAGCUCUAGUUUGGCCUUUUAUACUCAUCGUCGGAUUUGUUAAAUGUGCUGUCUUCUCAGAAGUGCCAAAGACAAUUGAUCAGCCUUUGGAAAUUCCUUUAUUUUUCUACAGAGACAACCUGUCCUAUUUUUAAGGACUUCUCGUCCUCUCUCAAUGUUAGAUUCAGGGUCAAAGCCAUGGAGGAUUGUUCUUACUUCUGGCUGGUCCAGGCUUAGAGAAAUGAGGUGGAAAUGUAUGUGGACAAAAUAAAAGUCAGAUCUUUAUGCAUUUUUGUGCAUACCCAAAUGUGUGUAUAUGAGGGGCUUUGGAAGUUCAGUGGCAGCACAUUGCACUCUGCUUGUCGACCCUUAUAAGCAUGGCACAUGUGAAGAGAAGCACGAUUUUCCUUCCCUGGGAGACUCCUGGAGAAACCCUGCCGCUUGCCCCGCUGUACUUCUACAGGCCUUCAAUCCCCUCGCCCGGCCGCCGCCACCCGACAACACUGCCUGCCCUCCAGGUUUGUAAGAAAAUUGAGGAGAUAAAAAAAAAAAAAAUCCCCCUGGGGAUUUAGCUGUGACAGAUCUUUAAUCUUCGCUUAGUUUACAUGAAAAGAAACUUUAGAUUUGCUCAUGUUAGAGCCCCACCUUUUCCUUCCCACCGAACAGAUUUUACCAGCUUACGCUACACCUUUACCACCGUCUUCUCCAUUUCCCGUACCGUUUCAUCUCCAGCCACAUCAUUAAGUUGUAGGAAUCGCCUCCACUCACACACUUUCUUCUCCCCCCACCUCUUCUUCCCCUCAGAUCCUCACAUACACACACAUUCCCUUGCAUCUCUGCAGCACUUAGCGAGGGGGAGGGGCGCGAUCUGCUACUGUGCAUAUGAUCCCCUCUCUUUAAGAUUGUACUCUCGCUCCUCACCAAUGGCUAACGAACCAUCAGCACCUAAUGUGUCCUUAAUAUGAGGGUUUAGAUUGGCUAAAGCACGCUAAAUAGAAAGUCGCCGUUUUUUUUUAAGCACAUGAAAGCUCUUAGGUGGGUUUUCAAGCGGAUAUUAGGUUGGUCAAAGCACACUCGAGUGGAUAAAGUGCAGUUUCAGACGGGCCCUGUUAGAGUUGCAUAUUGAGAGGCGUGUGAUCGAUGGAAGCCGGAGGGUGGCAGGUGUUUUGCUCGUCCGCGUGGCCUCCUCAGUGGCCGUCGGCGCUGUGGAGCAAUUAGUGCACUGGAGCGGACCAGAGUGCAAAUGUUAGCAUUAUCAUCACCUUCCUUCGUUCACACACUCAGACACCAGUUUACCUCAGGCUACAGCACAACUGUGCAUCUGCAACGUGUGCAGUUGAGGUGUAUCAGACCGUUUUAGCAGGUCUUCCUUUAACUGUUAUAUUCUCAAAAUGAAAUACUGGCCAAACUGAUGAAAAUAAUGUCCUUUCCUAUGCUGACAGGAAAGAAAAUAUGACACUUUUGACUGUUCACUGGCUAGCGGGGGAACCACAAAGUGCUGAUUUCUAAAAUUUGUUUCAGGGCAUCUGUCAUUUUGAGCAAGAGGAAGGUGAUGCAGUCAGCUGAUAGCCCACUUAAAUCUUCAGCUGUUUUCAUCUGGAGCUGGUGGAAGACAAAAUACUCAUAAGGGACCGCCAGCAGGAGAAGCUGGUUAGGUCUUGCUGACUGCUGAUACAGUGAAGAAUUCAUAUGCCUUGGACUUUUUCACACUACAGCCCAAAAAUUUUGAAGUGUUUUUUUUUACAUGAUUGAAAGGAGAGCAUAUUUGUAAAGUGGAUGGAUAAGGAUACGCAGUUUUCAGUUUGCGCUACAAAUAUAUAUAUCUUUCAUUUCCAUAUGCUUGUUGGAAAUUGACUGCUGUCAAUAACAAGAAAAACCAAAAAACCCUUUUGGUAUUGACAGCAGUAUGUCUCCUCUAAUUUUACACAUCUAUAGAAUUGGGGCUUGUGUGUUUAGAGUGAUGUGCAGUAUCAGGUUUUCAGGUUGACCAAAGAGUGAAAAUUAUAGUGUUGUUUGACCCGAACACCGUCCUCCCCAGGAUGACUGUUUAAUAAUUAAGUGGCAUGUGAAGAGAAUAGUCGCACUCAGAGUAAUAGAGCUGAUGAAUAACUAAAAUUGACUACAGGUUUCUCUACAAAAAAAAAAGAAGGUUUUCAGAUGGAUCGACACUGCAGAUCAAUCCGAGAAGGACUCUGAUGCUGUGCCACCUUUGAUAAUUCAGAGUCCUUAGCACUUAGACAUUAGCAAACAUGAAUGUGAAUUUAUCAUGUUCCUCGACUAGAUUUUCUAAACUUCAUACGACUGUGGAGAUACAGUCUCGAAAAGUAAAUUAUAGUUUGUGAAACGUAGUUUUUUUUCUAAUUUACUUUAAGCUAACUUUUGGGACGAUUGUGAAGGGAGUGUGUUAUUUUCAAAAGAUGACGUCGUGUGAGUCGUCACUUCGGUCGUUUUUGCGAGCAUUUCUUUUGUUACCGGAGGUUUUACUUCCUCAUCGUUGUUUUAUCAUGUAAACUGUGAGUUAAAUUGGUUCAUAAAGUCAGUUAUUAUUACUUUUCAGGCAUAGUGAGCAAGUGACUGUGCCUUGUGUUAUACAAUAUAUCUCCUGCCUGCUAAUGAAGCCCACCAAUGCGAGCAAAGUUGCUUUUUAAUAUUUCAGAUCAAUCAAAAGACUGUGAUCUAUUAUGCCCAUCUAAGCUGAAACUAAGCUAAGUUUUUUUAUUUUUUUUUAAUUAGCAUUUUCCUGAGUUUUUGCAGAACUAAGCAGAAGCUGAGCCGUCCCUUUAGAUUUAGGUUUUACCAGAACUUCAAAACCAGCCUGGACGCAGUUUUCCUAAAGGUGGGUUUUUCCAACUGAGUAACAUGAGAACAGCUGUCCUGGCUUCUAGAGAAAAUGUCAUGGUCCUAACAGCACUGAUUGACAAAAGGGAGUUUGAAACAGCUACUUUUCUAGCUUCCUGAGCAGCCAGCUGUGCUGAAGCAGUAAUACUAGCUUGCCUAUAGGGUCGAGUUGUGUUAUAUUUUGGAUUCUGCUUCAGCCAACAGCAUUUUUGUUUUCUGCAUCUAAAAGAUUUUUCACAAAUUACCUCUAUUUCUUUUGUCUAUUUCUGUUGUUUUUAAAAUGUGACUUUCUGUGACAGAAAGACCCUAAAAAUAAAAAUCUCCUCUUUAUUUUACUGUAUUAAAUUUUCAUGUUUCCGUCCAGCUGCUGUCACAAUGUCUCACAAAUUGGGGCACCGACAUGAAUAGCCUGGUUUGAAUAGUGUGCAUGUGUGGGGAUCACAGAUGGGGAAUCCACAGUGUUCGAUUAAACAAGACAUGUUAAGUUUUUUUAUUUAUGUUUUUAUUAUUAUUAUUAUUAUUAUUUGCUGUGCGUGUCACUAUCUCAAUUUAAUUAAUUUGUUCUAGGUUUAAGAACCAACUUGCCCGUGGGGGGAAUUUCAAUCUUCUAGCCAAAGUGCAUCCAAAAUUUAUUCACAGUGCUUCACUUCCAACCGCUUUGAUCAUUUUCCGAUACUAGUAGAUGUCAAUAACUUUGGUCCAUGUUUGUCUGAAUUCCUUUAGUUGGGGACGAUGUGUUGCUUAAGAUUUCUUAGCCUACUUCAUGUUGUCAGAUUAGUCCUUUUUAUGGGAUUUGUUGAUUGUAAUGAUUUGGAAGCAAGCGAUGUGAGUUAAACUUAGCUUUCAAAUAACUGACUAAAGUUACUUUAAAAAGUAUAAUCUAUUGUGUGCUUGUAUCUGAUUUUGAGGUAUAUAAGCUGCACUUAUCAGAAAGUAGGUCAUGCUUACAGUUUUACUUUGGGUUUCAAGUUUCCUUCAUCCUGAGAUGAACAAAUCUUUAACUGCGCAUGCAGAGUGUUUGAACAGUGUUACAAUAGACUGGCUAGUGUUAUUUUGGGGUCACUGUCAUUGCACAAAGGCGAAAAUAUGCAAUUUUGUGACAGGUCCAGAAAAUAUGUGACAACUUGACUUGGCUGGUGAUCAAAUUGUGCUUCAUACGGUGUUAAACAUAAAGGCAAUUCUAAAAGAUUAUUUACCAAAGUACUACUUCUCCUUACACCCUUUAAAUGAAAAGUAAAUAGCCGGUAGUGUGAUGGGAGUGCUAAGUUAUGAAGUUGCCCAGGCAGCACUUUUUCUCCCACUAAUUAGUUGUUAGACGCUCACUUUUUCAUUAGCAACUUUAGCUCCAAAAUUACCCUUUCUGCAUAUUUAUUAAAUUAUAUUAUUAAAUAUAUAGCUUAAAUUAAGAAUACCUUUUUAUACAUUAUUCAGUUCAAGAUUUUGGCGAGCUCAGGCAUUACAUUUCUAGCCCCGGUGUUUAUGUUUCAAAGUUCAUCGUGGGUUUUACCGAGAGUCAGCAUCUCGAAAACUCCCUCUCCUUUAAAUAACCGGAGAAAGUCCUUGGAAUGUCCUUGAAGGCGGAUAUAAUACAUCUCUCUUCCAUGUCUUGGUUUUACAUUCGCCAGGUCGUUGUUCGUACUGCACAGCAGUCCUGGUCACAGCCCAUGCCCAACAUAUUGCAUCCUCCAUCAUUACUGAGUUACCAGGCUGCCUGGAAUGCAUAUCCUGUCCCAUCCUGUCCUGCCCUGACCUGAAAUUCCAGCUUCUCUCUUUAUCAUCUGCUCUAUUAAGUCAAGAUGAGCUAUGCAAAUGCCUUGUCAUUGUGGCGGAUUUUUGAAGUAAGAGCUCCCUCUGCUGGCCCGUGGGAGAACAUACAGCGAACGGUUCUAUCUUGGAAAAUUUGCUCCGUCUGUUACACAACAUGGUCUCCCCAUCCUGCCACCUGUUCCCUCCUGUUUUAUACUCAGAUGCAGAUUAUUCUCUUACCACAGAAGCUCAGCAGCAAAAGACUUGAAGUUUAUCUUUGAUGACAUCCAGCUUAUUGUAUCCUUCAGAAAUUACUUGAUUCUUGUUAAUAAUGAACAUGAAAACGGUGUGUGGCAUUAGACUACUGUUAAUUUAUGGUUCUAAACUGUUCAGUUCCACUGACUGUUGUUUUUUUUUGUUUGUUUGUUUUUUUACACAAAUGUUAAUACCCUUUGUUAUUUCUUUAUUGAUUUAAGUAAAUAACAUACAAAACUCAAUUAUGUUUUUAUUAAAAUUGUAACACUUAAAAAUCUUUUUGUACCAUGUAUAUCUUCAGCUUGAAAUCUUUUUCUAAAAGUCAUGUUUUGCUCUAGAGUUCACUGCUGUCAUAAGCCUGAAAUAUGCGCACAUUUUCUGAAAGGUGUGUAGUGACGACUUAUAGUUUUUUAUGUGCAAGUAGAAGCUGAUGUUCAGCGCAGUAGGUUGAUGGUUUCGUGGAAUCAGUCAUGUGGUUUUGUGUUAGAAGCCAAAAAGAGCGUGGGUCUGUCUAGUGAAUCGUGUGCCACCUGUUUGCAGCUUCUUCUUCUUCUUCUUGUUUUUUUUUCUUCUUCUUUGGAUUAGGUGGAAAUAAGAGGAAGGAGUUCCAGUGCCUUAGACUUUACACAAGACAGCAGUUACAUCAUACACAGAUUUAAAGACUUUGAAUUGCACACAAUGUGAUACAAACUCCAAGCAGUGUGUUUGCGCGUGUGCGUACGUGUGAUUUGGAUUGAUGUCCAGCCACACAUCAUGUUCUUUUGUUUCCUGUAAGUUUUUAUAUCUUUUUUUUUAAAGAUAAAUAAAAAAAAUGUAAAAGA